AAACCACUUGCGUUUCACUCAGCGUGUUUGACCGAAUGGAUCACGGGUAUUUGUUUACAGGACAGGAAUGUAAAGCUUUUUUGUAGCAAACUGAGAAUAUGGAGAAGAUACCCAGAGAGCGAGUUGAUAAAGAGGAAAUGGAGAUGCAGAUCCCCUCCUACCCCCUGCCUCUAGAAAUACAGCAGAUGGAUCAUUCAGAGAAGGCCUGCCGUUACUGUGGCGUGAGCUAUUUGAUCCUGCACGAGUUCCAGCGUCUGCAGGAGCGUCUGCUGGAAGUGGAGAGGGAGCUGGAUAGAGAGAGAGGGAGUGUGGAGAGAGAGAGAGCAUUGAGAGAGGAGCUCCAGCAAGCCUACACUCAUCUGGAGGAGAUGAAGGCAACCGUGCUUCAGCAUGAGGAAACCACAAGGGCCCUUGACCUGCAGCUGUGCGUGGUCAGGCAUGAGAUAGAGAGCGUGAGGACAGACAAAGAGAGAGUGUGUACGGAGCUGGAAAAUGAGCGCUCUUGCCGCCUGCACCUGAGACGGCGGUGUGUACAGCAGCAGCAGGUUCUCAGUAAAGCUCUGGCCGUACUGCAGUCGUCUCGUGGGGAAAUGACGACCAUAAAGAACCGGUUUUUAUACUUCCUCGAGGACUGGGACAACAGCAAAGCACUGAUACAGCAGAGUUGCAUCAGCGCUGACGCAGAGUGUGCGCACCUGCAGCACGAAGUGGGCAGGUUGGAGGCGGAGCUGAAGAGGCUGCAGGAGGAGAUGCCUGACUUGAGGGAGUGUCUGAAUGCUGCAAGAGAGCAGAUUUUGCAGUUGGAGAGUCAAGUCCAGACCCAGAAGCUACUGCAGAAUCAAAACCAGGAAGCCCAUUCUUUCAUACAGGGCUUGAGGGAGGAGGUAAGGGCCCUGGAAAAAAAUCUUGAGAAAACCACGCAUGAACGAGAGCAUGUAAAGAAACUACUGGAGAUGAAGUCUGCAGAGAAGGAAGAACUACAAGAGAUGUGGAGCCAACAGGCCAGCGAGCAGAAGGCUGCAGUGGAGAGGCUGUCCCGAGACUUGAGGGAAAAUGAGGAGAGUCGGUUGUCAUGUCAACAGCGAUGCAAGUCCCUGCAGGAGCAGCUGUUGGCGUGGCAACAGAAAGAGGAGGAGGUGACCCGGAGACUGGAGCGGGCGGAGGUCGAGAUGAAGGACCUGAGAGAAGCCCGAUCCGCUCUACAGCAGGAGAGGGAGGAGUUAAACAGGAUUCAUGCAGAAAAACUAGAGAGAUUGGAGGAGAGCUUCAGGAAGAGACUGGAUGAUGCAGAAGAGCACAGUUCAAAGAUGGAGGCUUGUCUCGAGCAGAAACAGGCUGAACAGGUGAAACAGCUGUAUCAGUUGGAGAUGGAGUUAAGGAGAGAAGCGGAUAUUGAAUUGGACAUCCACAGACAGAAAAGCCAGGAGCUACUUGAAAAAUACCAGACUGAAAACCAGCAGCUGCAAAAGAAGAUUCCCCAUCUGCUGCGUUCAGCCACACAGGAGCUCAAAGAGGAGCUUGCAGUGCUGCAGGAGCGCAUUAAACAGCAGGAAGAGGAAAGCCAGCGUUCUCGUGAGAGCGCCACACAGAGGGAGCAACAAGUACUGCAGGAACUGCAACAAGCUCAGAAGAACUUACAGCAGCUCAGAGAAGAGAAAGCAGCCUUAGAAAAAGAGACCUAUCUUCUGGAGGAGACAGUAAGGCGAGAAUGUGAGGAACGAGAAGAACUGACCUCAGCCCUGACCCUGGCUAAAGAACAGCUGCAUCUCAACACGAAACCCCUCGAUACCCAAACACACCCCCGACUCUCCAGAUCUACAGCAGCACACCCUGACCUCCCUUCUUCUAAACUCACGCCCAAUCUGAUCCAUCCUCACACACGCAACCAUGGCACAACCUCCACUCAGGGCAGCAGACGUAGGGGUUUGGCUGAGUUACAGUCUGGGAGUGUGAGCAGAAGUGUGGCUUCCUGGCAUGGAACAUCAAGGCCUGUUUCAACCCUUCCCAAAAUCAACAAAGAGAGAGUCUCUUCAGUAAAUGACUCGAAUCUGACCGCUUUAUUGAGCAGAAAGAACAAACUCUGAUUCUUAUAAACAUCAUUCGGAUGCACACGCAGUAUCUUGGGAUGUUUCCGUAUUGUUUACAUUUGAGCGGGUGCUCUUAAUUUGCAUGUUUGUAUUGUUAUGUGUCUUUUGCGAGGGCUAUGUGGACACAUGACACAAACUAAAGCCAACAUGUAUUGAUCCAAAAAAAACAUGCAUACGUAUUUUCAAUCCUUUCAUAGCAGCAAGAUAUUCAAACACCACCCACAGAUCCAAAUCUCCAGCGAUACACAAUGGCUUUUACCCUAAGACAUUGCCCUGAUGCAACUGCUAACACACAGAAACCACUCAAAAGGUCUGUGUCACGAACACUUAGCCACAUCCUUCUACAAUUUUGAUAUGUCAAACACGGAUACACGCACCACACUUUUACAAAGUUUGUCCACACGCACAUUUUAUAUUGACUUCUGCAUUAUUUUUUAUAUCUUAUGCAAUUGACAUUGGUGUCAGUGUGCCCAAGGACUUUCCAUAUUCUCUCUAUUUCCACUUUUUUUCAUAUUGCUGAGGGGUGUGAUGAAUGAGUGUGCGACAUUGAAGUUAUUUCCUAUCUCAAAGAUGGCAGGAAAUAACUUGAUCUUGCUACUUUUAUCCUUGGUUUUCUUUCUUUAUUACUUUCUUUGUUCAAUACCUUGUUUAUCUGUGCUUUGUACAAGGACUAUUACGAAAUGUGUCUUGAAAUGGUCAUUUUUUAUUGCCAAAACCUUGAUGAUAAAUGUUUCAGUGAAACCACUACCAUGUGCCAAUAAAUUGAAU